CAAAACACUAGUGGAACCACUGUCCGACGCGCAGGGCACAACGCGGUCUCCUAGGACUGGUUGGGCGUGACUUUCAGGCACGCUGGCGGGCUUGGGAAGGAGGAGUCACCAGGCUCGAGACGUUAUCCCCAGAGCCAGAACACGCAGCGACCCGAAGUGCAAGCAGGGACAGCCUGAGUGCUGUGAAAGAAGCACGGAGGGGCUGAGGUGGCCCCUCCUGCCCGCGCACACGGACGGAGCUCUGCGACCCCUUCGUCUCACCUGGGGCAAUAGCGAUGCCUGGCGGAAUCUGGAUGCUGACGCUGGUGUCCUUGCUCCUGACCCCUGGGAAAAGUCGGCCAGCUCCGGAGUGCUCUCCUGGGGGAUACCAGUUUCUUCAGAGCCCUUAUAGAAAUGUCCAUUUUGACUCCUUGCACCUCCAGCAGUCAGCCAUUCAAGACCUGAUAUGUGACAAUGCCCUUUCUCCCGGAUGGUAUCGAUUUCUCCUCUUUGACAGACCUGCCAAGAUGCCAACCGAAUGUGUUGAGAUGAACCACUGUGGAACACAAGCCCCCAUCUGGCUAUCUCUGAGAGAUUCAGAAACACUGCCUCCACCUGGGGAGAUCAAGCACCUGACAGCUUGUGCCACAUGGCAAUUUUUAUUUAGCACUACAAAAGACUGCUGUCUUUUUCAAAUCCCAGUGUCUGUGAGAAACUGUGGAAAGUUUUUUGUGUACUUGCUACAGCCCACUCAGGGAUGUAUGGGAUAUUGCGCAGAAGCUAUUUCUGAUGAGAAUUUAUACCCAUGUGGCCCUGAUGAAAUUGAAAGUGGAGGUGACUGUUUCCGUCAACUGACAGCCUCAUUGCCCCCACCACCUCCAGGAAGGCCAGAGGUUGUGGUGGAGAUGAUUGAGUCCAGGCUUUUCUGUAGGUGUACUUUUGAUGUUUCCCCUACAAACAACUCAGUGGGAUUUCUCAUAACUUGGUCUAGACUUUCUUCUCAAGAAAUCAAAGAGGAGCUGAAACAAGAGACCACAAUUCAGGCAUUCUCUCUUUUAGAGCUGGAUGGCAUAAAUCUCAGACUUGGAGACAGGAUAUUUUGCAGUGCUUCCAUCUUUUUCUUGGAGAAGCCACAUGUACAAAGUUUAGCCAUCAAAAGCCAAGAAUUUUUUGCAGGCAUUAAGUUACAGCCUGAACUGAGCACUAUAUCAGAAGAUGGGAAAGAAUACCAGUUGAGGAUAGAGAGUACAGUUCCUAUUGUUUGUCCCGAAUUCAGUGAGCUUGAUCAGGAGUGCAAAAUCUCAUUAAAACUGACAACUGUUGAUGAAGGUAAAGAAGAGCGAGGCUUGAAUUUGGCACUGUCUUCCUGUCACGUGGACCUUCACCAGACUUCACCCUGUGCCAAUGGAACAUGCAGCCAUGCUUUUGUGUACUACACUGCUAUAACAGAUUUUUCUCAAGAUGGAAGCAGAGUCACAAAUAUUGUAGUAGAACCUAUAGCUAAUGAGGAUUUCCUGUGGAACAACUACAUUCCAGACAGUAUCCAGAUCAGAGUAAAGGAUGUCCCAACUGCUUACUGCUAUUCAUUUACCGACCCACAUAUAAUUACCUUUGAUGGCAGGAUGUAUGAUAACUUCAAGACUGGAACAUUUGUGCUUUAUAAGAGCAUGUCACGUGACUUUGAAGUCCAUGUACGUCAGUGGGACUGCGGAAGCCUUCACUAUCCUGUGUCAUGUAACUGCGGCUUUGUUGCCAAAGAAGAAGGUGAUGUAGUUACUUUCGAUAUGUGCAGUGGUCAGCUGCAUGAAUCACAGCCAUAUUUAUUUGUAAAGAGUCAAGAUGUAACCAGCAAUAUCAAGAUAAGUGAAUCUUACUUAGGAAGAAAAGUCACAAUCUGGUUUUCUUCUGGAGCAUUUAUCCGUGCUGAUCUUAGUGAAUGGGGCAUGAGUUUAACAAUCAGAGCCCCCAGUUUAGAUUAUAGAAACACUUUGGGACUUUGUGGCACCUUUGAUGAAAACCAAGAAAAUGAUUUCCAUGAUAAAAAUGGGAUAAAAAUUGAUCAAACUUUUAAUAAUCGUGUUGCUUUUAUUAAUGAAUGGAGGAUUUUACCAGGAAAAAGCAUGUUUGACAUAAUGCCAGUUUCUCUGCCGUCACCUAGAAAACCAUCCUUUUGUGGCUGCUCGCUGGAAACUACUUCACUAUAUCCAUCUUCUAAUCCUCUAGAAACUGUUUCUCAAUCAGAGAUUGUUUCAGCUUGCAAAGACCUGAAACAUAUCAAAUUUGCUUCUUUGAUACAAGACCUAGAUGUCACCUCUGAAUAUAUUAAUUCAGAAGCUCUUGGCAGAGGAAUAAACAAGCAUACAUCUCGAGAAGAAAAUAAUUUGGAUUUCUUUCCUCAUGAAAAAACAAGCCAUGUGAACUUAACCAAUCUAGAUUUAAAUUUACAAAAACAUCCUGGGAAUGAAAAACAAAAUGCACUAAAAAGUGUAGACGAAGGGAGACAUACACAGAACCAGAGUAAUCACAGCCAAGAAAUGAGGUGGGAUCGACAAAACAGAUGGAAACGACAAAACUUUUAUGAGUUUCUUCCAUUGUUUGCUUUCCAGAGUCUCAGCCAAAGUGACCUAGAAGAGUUUACUUACUUUUUCCCUGAGGACCACACUGAGGAUGUCCACCCAGAGUUUGUCCCCACAUGGCCCACACCGUCUGGCCUUACCGAAUACAGCACGUUGGCCCUGUGUCAGGAGACUCUUGCCAAGUCUGGCAUAGGAAGGCACUGCCUUGCCUUUCUUGGCAAGAGACUGGAUAGUGUUAUAGAUAUGUGUGUUAAGGAUGUUCUCCUAAAAGAUGAUCUUAGCUGGGCAGAAGCAGGUGUGGCCCUUUUAGAAAAUGAAUGUGAGAAGAGGAUUUUGGAAGAGGGGAAAUAUAACAGAGAAGAAUACAGAAAGUCAAUUCAAGACAUUCUCUUGGUACUAAAAUGCCCCAAUUUAUGUAGUGGCCAUGGGCAGUGUAUGGAAUGGGGGUGUGCAUGCUCCCCAGGUUUUAGUUCCUAUGAUUGCAGUGAUUCACAUGACAAGGUUCCUGAAAUUAUAGAACUUGAGAAUGAUGGAUUCUGUAAUAUUCGAAAAUAUAACUGUAUGCUGGUGAGAGUUUUUGGUCAAGGCUUCAAAGAAUCACCUUCAGUUAAAUGUGAAGUUACUAAACUGCAGUAUAACAGCAGUAAAUGGGUCCUUGGAGAAGCCAUCUAUACACAUACUGUUUUUAGAAAUAGCAGAACUGUUGAUUGUCAGCUGCCCAGUAAUGUUCAGCAAUCUGGUGCCAUGGCUCUGACGGGUGAAAAACCUAUUGCAAAGUGGCAAUUAAAGGUAUCUAAUGACGGUUAUAAAUUCAGUAAUCCCAAAAUAAUGAUCAUAUAUGAUGGGGCUUGUCAAGUUUGUGGUCUCUAUGAAAAGGACUCAUGUACUAUAAAGGAAAAUGUUUGCAUUAUUGAUGGACUCUGCUACACUGAAGGGGAUAAAAAUCCUACCAGCCCUUGUUCAAUAUGUAGACCUGAAAUUUCAAAAUUCACUUGGUCAUUUUUAGAAAAAAACCAACCUCCAGUGAUUCAAAUACCACAAGCUAAAUUACAGACAUUUUGGGGUGAGAACUUUGUGUACCAGUUCAUGGCUUUUGACCCUGAAGGCUUUGACAUCCAUUUUACCUUGGAUUCUGGUCCUGUAGGAGCAAAUGUUUCCUCUGCAGGACUUCUUAUGUGGAAAACAGAGUCACAGACUCCCCAGCAAUUCAUCUUACAUGUCAAUGAUGACUGCAACGCUGAAACUACAGUCAUGAUUGAGGUGAUUGUGAAGUCUUGUGAUUGCUUGAAUGGGGGAUCAUGUGUGUCUGAUAUUCAGUUUCCUCCCGGAAGUGGAGCAUACUUGUGUGUCUGCUUGCCUGGUUUUCAAGGUGAUCUUUGUGAAGAGGAUGUCACUGAGUGCCAAUUGAAUCCCUGUGGCCUUGGCAGAUGUAUCAGUGGUUUUCAAAACUAUUCUUGUGACUGUCCACCUGAACUCAAAGGCAAAAACUGUCAGGAAGAUGUUGAUGAGUGUGAAUCCAGACCUUGCUUUCCAGGAGCAGAGUGUCUCAAUACCUUUGGUUCCUAUCACUGUGGUUCAUGUCCAAAAGGAUUUUAUGGUGAUGGAAAAAUAUGUCAUGUUGAAACACAGUUUUUAAAUGAACUUACUACACAUACUGUGGUUCUCACAAGUUCUGACAAAAGUGUAACUAAGGAAGAGGAUGGUAAAAAUGCCGAUCAGAGAGAGAGGCAUCUUAAACCAACAAAUGGAAAUACUUCUGAUACAAAUUGGCAGCAACCAUCAACAGAACAUUCACCAAUUGGUACAAGCUUUAUCCACAGCCCUGCAACUAUCAAAAAGUUCUUGGAUACAACCAACAACAUCUCAUACUUACUAAAAUCAGUUGCCCCUCGAAUGAAUCAUUCAAAAAAGCCUAUUUCCCAUCAGAUAUCAGGUUUUGAACAUAUGGUUCAUACCCUCAGUACAAAGCUCAGUCUGGAGGAGUUGGAAGUUCCUACAAACAACCAUAGUUCUUUAAGCAUUAACCCAAACAGUUCCCAUGAUGAUGUAAAGGAUAUUAUCCAGGGUACCAUCCAAACAGAGGCAAGUGGGUAUAAUUCUCAAACUAACAGGUCUGCCCAAAGUUACACACAGUAUAAGGAUGGGUUUGUGUCAUCACUUACUAGAGCCAUCACUAAUUUGCCAGAAAUGCCUGGAUUGACCAAAGUAUCAACUUGUGCCGAAUCCCCCUGCUUUUUUGGUGUUUCCUGUGUGCCAACCACAGAUGGUCGUUUCCAGUGUGGACGCUGCCCCUUUGGAUAUUAUGGAGAUGGUGUCAAUUGCAGAGCUAUUUGUAGACAUCCAUGUGGAAAAAACAGGGAGUGUGUUGCUCCAAACAUAUGCAAAUGUAAACCUGGCUAUUCUGGUUCUAAUUGCCAAAUUGCUGUAUGUCAUCCUGAUUGCAAAAACCAUGGAAAAUGUAUUAAGCCUAACAUUUGUGAAUGCCCCCCAGGGCAUGGUGGAGCAACCUGUGAUGAAGAGUACUGUAGACCACCUUGUCAACAUGGUGGCACCUGCUUGGCUGGAAAUCUCUGCACUUGUCCUUAUGGCUUUGUAGGACCAAGGUGUGAAACAAUGGUUUGUAACAGGCACUGCGAAAAUGGAGGCGAAUGUCUUACACCAGAUGUUUGCCAGUGCAAGCCUGGCUGGUACGGACCCACCUGUAGCACAGCUUUGUGUGACCCUGUUUGCCUUAAUGGUGGUUCCUGUAAUAAGCCAAACACUUGCCUCUGUCCUGAUGGAUUCUUUGGUGCACAGUGUCAGAAUGCUGUCUGUCACCCUCCUUGUAAGAAUGGUGGUCACUGCAUAAGAAAUAAUGUGUGCACCUGUCCCAAAGGAUACACUGGUAGGAGAUGCCAAAAAAGUAUCUGUGACCCCAUGUGCAUGAAUGGAGGAAAAUGUGUGGGACCAAACCUUUGCUCCUGUCCUUCUGGUUGGAUAGGGAAUCAAUGCAACACACCUGUCUGCUUUCAGAAAUGUAAAAAUGGUGGUGAGUGUAUUGCACCUGGCAUUUGCCAUUGUCCUGUCACCUGGGAAGGAGCACGGUGUCAAAUCCCAAUUUGCACUCAAAAGUGUCUUUAUGGCGGCAGAUGUGUACUCCCCAAUGUGUGUUCUUGCCGCACCGGAUAUUCUGGAGUCAAAUGCGAAAAGAAAAUACAGAUAAAACGCCAUUGAGUAAUAUCAGGUAUAUUAAUGACAAGCAUAUACCCUAGAAUGAAAAUUUUUAUUCAGAAGAAGUUGAAGAUAACUACUUGAAGUUUAUUUGGACAUCAUUUUUGAAAUCAUUUUUAAGACCGAAGAAACUAAUAAAAUAUAAAAUGAUUUUAGUUGUUGCUAGAGAAAAGCUCUUUGCUUGAAAUUGGAAUUUUAUUUUGAAAUGUGAUUUGAUACUUACAUACUGAAGUGAUGUUUCUGAUAUUCCUGACAUUGACAAUAUUUAAUAAACUAUUGUCCUAGUC